UUGUUCAUCCAGGUAUGGAAGUCAGACGAGGGGUCUCUUCCUUUAGACUCUCUGGGCAACAAGUUGUCGCCCGGUAGCUCCGAUCAGGUUCCAGUCUGCCAGCAAGUGACCGAGGAGCUCCUGGAUGAUGAGAGCCAGGCAUCCUGGGACAUUGAGUUCUUGUUGUCUGAGUGGAGCCGCUCUUCUCCUGACCUCAACCCCCCUUUGGACAGUCAACAGCUCACCCAACCCGACCCAAACUCAGCCUACCUGGAGGGGGGCGUGCUCAGGGACCAAUCGAGGCCGGAGGGUCUGCAGAUGAACACUGGGGGGCUCAUGACCGAGCUCCUGUCCUCUGACCCCAAACCCGUCCAGCCCGAGCUCUAUCACCAUGGUUACAACGAACCUCAAAUGGGCCGAGCUUUUUUCCCCGCUGUGAAUAAUGUCAAUCACUUUGACUUCUCUCAAGUGAGUAAUGUGGAAAGGCACGGCAGAGGAAACCUCAACAAGGCCACAUCGUGGGAUUUCAACCCUUACUACCCCCAGCAGCACGCCUCCAUGGUGACCGUCCCCGACGGCAGGUUCCUGCCCCCCCCGGCCGUGACCCCCGACCCCCGACACUACGGCUACGUGCCCCCCCACUUCAGUCCCGGCGCCGGCCUGUUCUGUGAAUACUCCCACAGCCAGGCCUCCGUGCAUCUGCCCCACCACCAGCCCCCGAUGCUGGUCAGGCCUCAGCUGCCCCCUGGUGGGGCGGAGGGGAAACGCGGCCGGAGACCGGCGGGGAAAAAGAGGCCGGCCGUGCACAGCUGCGAAUACCCCGGCUGCAGCAAAACCUACACCAAGAGCUCCCACCUCAAGGCCCACCUCCGCACACACACAGGAGAGAAGCCCUACCACUGUUCAUGGGAAGGCUGCAGCUGGAAAUUCGCCCGCUCAGACGAGCUGACGCGCCACUACCGCAAGCACACGGGUCAGAAACCCUACGAGUGCCUGCUGUGUCAGAGGGCCUUCUCCCGCUCUGACCACCUGGCUCUGCACAUGAAGAGGCACGCGUGA